GUAACACAGCACCCUGUCAUAACUAUCAACCAAUCAGCGGCUUGGAAUCCAAGUACUUAUAGUACGUCACUUCCUCCCAGCGCCCUCUUUUUUUCACCGUGUGGCAGAUUUCCAUACGGCGUUGUUUCGUGCUCUCCCAUUAACUCGUAACGCAGGGAAAGCGGUCACGAUGUCCGGAGGUCUGGAUGUCCUUCAAAUGAAGGAGGAGGAUGUGCUGAAGUUCCUCGCAGCAGGAACCCACCUGGGAGGUACCAACCUGGACUUCCAGAUGGAGCAGUACGUCUACAAGAGGAAAAGUGACGGUGUGUACAUCAUCAACCUGAAGAAGACCUGGGAGAAGCUGCUGCUGGCCGCAAGGGCCAUUGUUGCCAUUGAGAACCCAGCUGAUGUGUGCGUCAUCUCCUCCAGGAACACUGGACAGAGAGCCGUGCUGAAGUUCGCCUCAGCCACUGGCGCCACCACAUUCCACGGUCGCUUCACCCCCGGUACAUUCACCAAUCAGAUCCAGGCAGCUUUCAGGGAGCCCCGCCUCCUGAUCGUGACAGAUCCCCGCGCUGACCAUCAGCCGCUGACUGAGGCUUCCUACGUCAACAUCCCCACCAUCGCUCUGUGCAACACCGACUCCCCACUGAGAUACGUGGACAUCUCCAUCCCCUGCAACAACAAGGGUCACCACUCUGUGGGUCUGAUGUGGUGGAUGUUGGCCAGAGAGGUCCUCAGGAUGAGAGGAACCAUCUCUAGGGAGCACCCAUGGGAGGUCAUGCCUGAUCUGUACUUCUACAGGGACCCUGAGGAGAUCGAGAAGGAGGAGCAGGCCGCAGCUGAGAAGGCCGUUGGUAAGGAGGAGUUCCAGGGUGAAUGGAGCGCUCCUGCCGCUGAGUUCGCUCAGCCUGAGGUCACCGACUGGUCCGAGGGUGUAGCUGUACCGUCUGUGCCCAUCCAGCAGUUCCCUGCUGGUAAGCCAGCCGCUUCCCCUCUUGUUCCAGCUGUAAAGACCGGUGAAGCCCCCACUGAAGAUUGGAGCACCCAGCCCGCCACAGAGGACUGGUCCACCGCUCCCACCGCCCAGGCGUCUGACUGGGGUGGAGCCACCGCCGACUGGUCUUAAACAAAAAACGACUUUGGCUACAAUAAAAGUGUUUUUUUACACUUAA